AUGGCGCCUUCAUAUACGGGCGAUACGGCUGGGUUUGACCUGAACGAGAGUGACCGCCAGAUACUGGCCCAGACAGAUGAGGAGUUCGUUUAUCAUGACUGGAACGAGCUGAAAGAUAUCAUAGCCUUUGAAUUAGCAAACAAUAAGCUGGAGCUACUCAAACGGAAACCAUCCGACCUACGACGAUAUGCAGCAUGGAGCAACGACAUUAAAGGCCAAUAUGGUACUAUAACGAACUUCAUAUGCCGUGAACGUCUACAUUGGCCCGUAGAUACGGAUCCGCAAACACAGUGCCAGAAUGCCACCCCGUUUGCGGAUCCGAGGGAUUACAGGAUCCUUCGGAACGAUUGGCCGUACGGCCUAACCCCCGAUAUCACGCAUCUAUGCAUCUGGGUAAAGAACAGAAUAGAUACCACGCCUGAAAAUGGGGAUGUGACCGAGGAGUCACGGGCUCUGAUCGAUGAUUUUGUCAAUAAAAUAUUUAUCUCCCGUCUAGACGAGUUCCCUGAUGCGGCAGAUAGAGUCGUGUGGUUCAAGAACUGGACAGCCCUGCAGAGCGUGCGAUCACUAGAACAUAUUCAUGUGCUUGUGCGAGAUGUUCCGGAUGAUAUUAUCGUGGAAUGGACUGGAGAAGAGGCCCGGGACCUAUCGCAGGCGAACGGGGUCAUUUAA